AUGUCCCUUCCAAAAACUAUGAUGGCAAGCGCCACUCUCACAUGGGUGUGCCUCUGUGCUACGGUCGCGGCAGGCAGUCGCUCGAAAGACAUGCUACCGGCGCUGCUGGGGGACCUUCAGGUCCCUCCUCACCCAGUUUUGAACAUUCACAUUGAGGAGAGUGCUGACGACCAUCUAGACUCACUGCGAUUCGGGAAGGAGAAACGCUCUCUCAGACGUUCCCUGGCAGAUUUAUGGGCUUUCGAGAAAGAUGAUGUGAAGGCACUUCAGGAAGUCGCGACGGGCGAGAACGAAGCUUUGAACCAGCUAACGCAGAUUGCGGCUAUGAAUGAAGCAGCACUGGGCAGCAGAAGAACUUUUUAAGGCAACUCGUUCAGCAUUGAUGCGUUCACUUGCCCUACCACAUGUCUUUCGGGUUUCGCAAAAAAUGGGCAUAGUGCCAAUCGGGAUAGGAGGAGCAUUCAACCCGUCUGGUGUCAUCGUCACGUGUUACUGCUUGAUGGUGGGAGCAAUCGAUAUCUACCACAAGGGUUGCAUUUGUUCUGCAUGCGGACCAACACUUCUGGGGCUAAAGGAAGAACCAUCCUUGUGCAGUUUCUAAAAGCUUCCACGAACCUGUUGCAAAGCAGCGGGUGGUUUUCGAGGUAGGCGCCCCCAGGGUGACCGAGCAAAAACAAAGUGAUGUCGAGGGCAGACUGCUUCUGCUUCUUGUUGCAUGCU